AUCUGGCAACCGCCAAGCAAUGAAACGGCGAAACGGCGAGAGGGGGAAAUGAUUGUAUCAGCAUGAUGGUUUGACGUCCCUUACGUAAAUUGGACACAUUCAAAUUGACUGUAACCCCGCUGGACCAUAAACAACAACAACAACAACAACAACAACAACAAAUCCGUUCAAUUUGUUUAUCUGCCGGUAGAUGGUAGAAAUGGGCAACGAUCGCAAAGUGUCCUGCAUACUCUGUCAAAGGUCCGAAGAGACGAGGAUAACAGGAGCGUUAUCGACUAAAGAUCAGAUCACGGCUCAUCAGAACUGCUUGUUAUUUUCCUCUGGUAUUUAUUGCCAGAAUUCACCAGAGUUUGAUGAUCUGUUUGGUUUUUCGGUGGAGGAUGUGAUGAAGGAAGUGAGACGAGGAAACAAACUGGCUUGUUAUAGAUGUAAGAAAAAGGGCGCUACUGCCGGAUGUGAAAUCAAACGCUGCAAGAAGUCCUACCACUACCCGUGUGCUGUUCAAGAGGGAGCUCACAUUGUUGAGGAUGACGAUGAGGGGAAUUAUACGCUGUACUGCUCCACACACUAUGAAGAAAUGCAAAGAAUCAACGGUUCCACAAGUGAACAUGACUCUUCCUCUACGAAUCAUGGAAAAUCCAAAAAAUCCAGUAAAACUUCAUCAUCUAAGGUAUAUUGCCUGGCCUGUGAGAAGACAGAAGGAAAUAUCAGCUUGGACAGCUUGUCUAACAGCGUUAUUAUGUUAUAUUGUGACAAACAUGGUCCUCUAUCACACAAGAGCAACGGCCAUGAUGAUUCUGCAGUGGCCGGACCGUCUUUUUGGAGCAGUGACUCAAACUCAGCCAGCAGCAUGACCCAUGGAUUAAAGAGACGGUUGAGUUUCAAUGACAGAGAGGAAGAGAUGCUGUCUAGACAGAAACCUGAAAGCUGGAAAAGGAAAAUAUCAGAUGACUCUAACUCAGUUGAGAAUGAACCUAAUACAGAAAUGGCAAUGUUCGCCCCUUUAGAGUCAGAUAUAGACGAAAGUGCCAACUCUGUUCCAGAGCACCAAUUAAUCAGUAAAGACGCUGAGAAUGGGAGUCCCACUGGGUCCAUCUCAGGAAAUCAGCCGAUGGAUGAGAAUGGAGACGGAAAUAAAGAUGAAGAUGAAACAGUCAUACAUUCAGAUGCUGAGUCAGAGAGUCUACUGCUUCCUGUAGAGAUCUGCAUAGAGUCGUAUUCAACAUUGAAUUCCUCAUUCUCAAAUCAUACAGUAUCACCUCCACGUCCCAGUGUGACUCUGGCAAACACGGUAGAGGUGCUGAGGAGUGGAGAUGAAGGGUCCAGUCCUGAGCAGAAUCCUGGCAGCAGUCCUGAAUACAUCGACAGUCCUGCUCAACACACCGCUGCGCCCUCUGUUCCACCGCAAAGCUCAUCUGGGCCCCCUCUCUCUCCUGACCACUGCAAACCCUGCAUCGUUUCCUGCUCCUCUCUGCGCACCAGCUCGGCCGUUUCUCCAGCUCCCCCUGAAACCAUCUGUGUGUCCCCUCUGCCCUCCACUUCCUCUCCUACGGUCGCUCCCUCAGACCCAGCGACCAGCAUCGACUCCACCUGCUUCUGGAGAAGUUGCAAUAUGGCAGGAUGCACGGAGGCCAUCUUUACGGAUUUUAUUGAUGAGAUGAAAGACAUCUCUGGCAGAAUUCAGUCAGACCAGGCCAGCCAGGAGGAUUAUGAUCUUGCCCUAAAAGUGAUGGCAGCUUCUGGGAAACUGACAGAGCUUGUGGCCAAACAGCAAAAAGAGUUGGAAAAGAGACAAAUGCAGCUGCAGAAGGCGGCGGCAGCUAUGAAGAAGGUUGUCUCAGCACUGAGAUGAGUCCAUCAGCAGCUGCUGGAGGAACAUCCAAGUCAACUGAUAUCUGGUUCUCAAAAUGACUCAUAGUGACUUUUUUAAAAACAUUUUAUACAUAUUUAUGUUUGUUAUUGUUUUUAUUGAUUAUGCCUUAAUAUAGAGAUAUGCUAUACUGUGGAAUAAGUUUUCAUUUGAUGAAAACUUAAAAGUUUAGUUUCAAAACCUAUAAUUAAAAUGAAGAAUAGAAGAAUAUUGGUCUUGAAAAUGUUCCAUAUCUAACAUUACAAGCUGAACCAAGUUUGCCAGAAUUGUUGAAUCGUUAAAAUAAUUAUUUUUUUUCCCAAUAUUUUUAUAUUAUAUUGUUCCUUUUCACCAUGUGAAGGUCAGACGUUAUGUUACCAUGAGUACUUAAAUCUGAAGAUAUGCUACUGUAGCCCUAUUGUAGAAAACCCAAAGAACGAGGUCUAUGUGCUUCAACUGUGUAUUUAUAUAAAUCUGUGUAUUUGUGAAUGUAGUACAGUAUAGUAUUUACAGUAACUCUGCAGCCUUUUGCCACUUAAAUUGUUAUGUGAUUGGCCAGAUGGGUACACUGCACUAUUUCUGGAUUUCAUCUCAUUAACAGUGUCCUUGUUGAUUCAAGCCUGAAAUUCAAACUAAUAAACGAAGGACAGAGGAGAUUACAUAAGGCUGCAGUUUACAUGUGAAUAUUUGCACGAAAAGUUUACGUCCAACGAGUCCAAAAGUCUUUUGUGUACAUUAUUGAUCAAAGAAAUUCAUUGUAGUCUUCAUGUUCACUACAUUUAACUGUCGAAAGUUGAUAAAUGUUUAUAUAAAGCUGAAAUAUGCUGGUGUA